AUGGGUUCCGUAGAGGACGAUUCUUCGCGUUUGGAAGAAGCGCUUAUUCAGGAUGAAGAAAGUAAGCUAUACACAGGAGAUGGCUCGGUCGACUUUAAAGGGAGGCCUGUGCUUAAGAAGAAUACUGGCAAUUGGAAAGCUUGCCCAUUUAUCCUAGGCAAUGAGUGCUGUGAACGUUUGGCAUACUAUGGCAUUGCAACAAAUCUUGUAACCUAUCUUACUCGCAAGCUACAUGAAGGAAAUGUCUCUGCGGCAAGAAACGUCACCACUUGGCAAGGCACUUGUUACCUUGCACCUCUCAUUGGAGCAGUUCUAGCAGAUUCUUACUGGGGACGAUACUGGACAAUUGCCAUUUUCUCCAUGAUUUAUUUCAUUGGAAUGGGCACGUUGACACUUUCUGCUUCUAUUCCAGCAUUGAAGCCUGCUGAAUGUCUGGGUGCUGUAUGCCCUCCAGCUACUCCUGCACAAUAUGCUGUGUUCUUCAUUGGUCUCUAUCUGAUUGCGCUUGGGACUGGUGGUAUUAAACCAUGUGUGUCUUCUUUUGGGGCAGACCAGUUUGAUGAUACUGAUUCGCGGGAAAGGGUUAAGAAGGGAUCGUUUUUCAACUGGUUUUACUUUUCUAUCAACAUAGGAGCCCUCAUAUCAAGCAGUUUUAUUGUGUGGAUUCAAGAAAAUGCAGGCUGGGGUCUUGGAUUUGGAAUUCCUGCUUUAUUUAUGGGAUUAGCUAUCGGAAGCUUCUUUUUAGGCACACCCCUAUAUAGGUUUCAAAAACCAGGAGGAAGCCCUCUUACAAGAAUGUGCCAGGUUGUGGCUGCAUCUUUUCGGAAACGGAAUCUUACUGUUCCUGAAGAUAGUAGUCUCCUCUAUGAGACACCAGACAAGAGCUCUGCAAUUGAAGGAAGUCGGAAACUACAGCAUAGCGAUGAAUUAAGGUGUCUUGACAGAGCAGCUGUAAUCUCUGAUGAUGAAAGGAAAAGUGGUGACUAUUCUAAUUUGUGGAGACUUUGCACUGUGACACAGGUGGAGGAAUUAAAAAUCUUGAUCCGCAUGUUUCCAGUUUGGGCUACUGGCAUAGUUUUUUCUGCUGUCUACGCCCAGAUGUCAACAAUGUUUGUGGAACAAGGAACUAUGAUGGACACUAGCAUUGGUUCUUUCAAAAUACCAGCAGCUUCCCUCUCAACUUUUGAUGUAAUCAGUGUUAUUUUCUGGGUCCCUGUCUAUGACAGGUUUAUAGUUCCCAUUGCAAGGAAAUUUACUGGCAAAGAAAGGGGAUUUUCAGAGUUGCAAAGAAUGGGAAUUGGUCUUUUUAUUUCAGUCCUGUGCAUGUCAGCUGCUGCUAUUGUCGAGAUUAAGCGUCUGCAGCUUGCCAAAGAGCUUGACCUUGUUGAUAAAGCUGUCCCCGUACCACUUACUAUAUUUUUGCAAAUCCCCCAGUAUUUCUUAUUGGGAGCAGCAGAAGUAUUCACAUUUGUGGGGCAGCUUGAGUUCUUCUAUGACCAAUCUCCAGAUGCUAUGCGAAGUUUAUGCAGUGCUCUGUCACUUCUGACUACUUCGCUCGGAAAUUACUUGAGUUCAUUCAUUCUCACUGUGGUACUUUACUUCACUACACGAGGGGGAAAUCCUGGAUGGAUUCCGGAUAACUUGAACAAAGGUCAUCUCGAUUACUUUUUCUGGCUUUUAGCUGGACUCAGCUUCUUAAAUAUGUUUCUGUACAUAGUUGCUGCCAAAAGAUACAAGUCAAAGAAGGCUUCAUAA